GUUACUUAAAUCACAUAAUAAUAAUCGGUAAUCUAUUAAAGAUGAAAUAUCGAUAGGUAUCGGUAUCAUAACUGAUAUCUAACAAUACCUACAACAGCAUUUGAUGAAAAGAUAAGCCGUCGCAAUUUUGAUGGACCAAUUUAAUUUAAACUUAUUGUUAAUUUUGAUCCAAUGAGGAUAAAAGCAAUAGAACCAGACAAGUUUAUUCUACUUUCUCUCUUGAUCUUGUGAAUACUAGUCUUAAUCCACCUUGACUCAACGUUCGGACAAAUAUAUCACUGUGAUGACUUCAAACUCGCCUACCUCAAGUGAACCUCAAGAAUCGUCCUCAGAUGAAAAUGAAGCUAAAGCGAUCAACGAAAAAGUUCGAAAUGCGUUAUCUCUUAAUGCCUGGCAUGUAGUAUUACAAGCCUCAUGUAAAUUCAUAACUGGAAUUUUGGCUGAUGUAUCUUCUGGUCGUAGAUUAUUACAGAUUAAAAAUCCUUAUCAACAUUUAUUUUUAAGAUCAUCUCAAGAUUUAAAGAAUUUGGAACCACUUCAACCCUCAAUUUACACCGAAGAAGCUUCAACAAACGUUGAACAAUGGAUACCUAGAUUUGCAUUUUUGAAUAGUACGGCUGCCCAAGACCAAGUGCUAACAGAAGACAUGAAACUAAAUAUGCUCGAGCAACAGUUAACUUUAAUAAUUCAUGCCUCCCGUUGCAUUAAACUUCAACAGGAAGCCUUGAGAUUUAAUGAAUACGCAACAGAUUGGCCGAAAUGUUAUAAUAAUACACCUUACUGUCACAUAAUGAGAUGUAUUUUCCAACAUCUCCUCGGUUGUAAGAAACAACCUGGAACCUGCACUUUUGGCUUUUGUGAGCCUGCUAAACGAAUGAUUUCUCACUUCAAGAAUUGUCCUGGUCGUAAUUGUUCAUUAUGUUCCCGAGUUUCCUAUCUGCUGCCAGCUAAACCAAGAGUCCGUAGAAAUGCGAUAGACGAUGUGGAUUUUGAGACUUAUAUGGCACGAAUCACUGGACUUACAAUACCAACUCAUUCAAAUCAGCCAAUUCAGCCAAGUCAAUCUUCUGUUACUGACACUUCAGAAAUCGAAAUUGAUUCACCUUCUUAUUCUGGUGUUGAGCGUGUUCCUGCACCUGAUCAAGUUUUAGAGCCGGUAGACGAUGAGCUUUGAUACAACAACAAUAACUUCGCAACAAUGACUAUGAAUGAUAUUGAUAUGAUCUGAGGAAAUCAAAGGAAAUCAUAACCAUGUGUUUAUUACGGACUGUGAUAAAAUCUGUUAGCAAAAUAUGCAUUUAUUUUUCGAAUGAUCACUUAUAGUAUUUUUUCAUUUAAAAUAAUAAGACAACUGUGAAAGCAAUUAUUUAACUGCAAAAACAAACGAUAAGAAAUUAAACUAAAUUUUAUACCAAGAAUAA